UGAUUCAUAAUUUAAAAUUCAAUACUUUUCAUGUUUUUUUUUUUAAUUUGCCUUUUAAGUUAUUUAUUUUAUUUGUAUUAAGAGAUUAAGACUUUUUUUGUUGGAUUUGUUAAGUCGAAGCAUAUGGGGCAUCGAAAAUAUAGUAACUAGAAAACAUUAAUACAAUAGAGUCAAUAUUGUCAAUAUUCUAAUGAUUUUGAUAGAACAUAAAAAAUAAUUAAAUCAAAGAUUAGUUGAGCAUGUCAUGUGCCAGCUUUUACAAGUGGAAAAGGAACACUAUUGAAAAGGUCCCACUUCCAUGGCCAAAAGUCUUAUUCAACUUUACUAUAAAUAUAUAUUCUUUCCAAAUCUAUUCACAACUAUAAUGUGUUUAAACAACACCCAACCUUGCUUAGAAAAAAUAUUCAAAAAUAAAAACUUCGAUAAAAUUACUUUUUACAAAAAAAAAAAAAAAAAAAAGUCUAUUGGGAUUUUGUUCUAUAGACAAUAAUUUGCUAUUUAAUUUUAUAAUUUUGAGUAUAAUUUUCACUAUCAUCAAAUUUUAUUUAAAAUGAUUAAAAGAAUAUUUUAUUGCGGUUUUGAGAAUUAUAUUAAAGUGAUGAUUAGUGAAUUAAUCUCGAACAUAUUCUUAUUCAUACGAAAUUAUUACAUACAAAAUUAAAUAAUAAAUUAAAAUUAAAAGCUAUGUGAUUGUUUUUUUUUUAAUGGAAGUAGUGAUGACGUCAAAAGAUAUUCCAUGAUUCCUUAAGUCGGAAGUAAUAAUCAUUCCACUUUGAAAAGUAAUUCUCAAGCAAUUACCUUCACGUUGAAAAGUAAUUUUUGAAUUCUAGAGGUAAUUCUUGAUUUUCAAAAUUCAAAACUAAAAAUAAAGUUUUUUUUUUUUUUUUUUUGUUUCGAAUCUAAACUUCAAAUGAUUCUUGCGUAAAAAAAUUGUUAUACUUUUACUUCUCGUGUUGAGAUCAAAUUUAACCCCUAAAUUUUCUACCAUUAAAAUUUUAUUUUCGAAUUUUAAGUUUAACGUUUUUCAAUGUUAUUUUUAAAUUGACAUUAUAAUUAUUAACACCAAAUACUUAAACCUUUUACAUUAGUAAAAAGUAAAAUAACAAAAUAUAUAAAAUUAAAUUCAAAAUUUCAUUGGUAAAAAUAUAAGAUUUUAAAUUGAUUAAAAGAGAAUGAAGCUCUAAAUUUGGAAACUCAAAAGGUGGGUUUUUCCCUUUUUGGUUGAGUUUUAAAAUUGUAUUUGGAAAUAAUGAAGUGACAAAAAGUGAAGGUAGUAGACUGGUAUGAAUCAAAAGAUAGAAUAAUUAUUGUCCUUUUUUAACCGUAAAAACUAUAAUUUUAUUAAUGUCAACAAAAUAAGGAAUAACAAUAAAUAAUGAUAGAUGAAAAUGUUGAAACAUAAAUAGUCCCAACAAAUUUCUCUGUGGUACUUGGGGUAUUAAAUUAAAUGUGCAUUUACAUCCAACAAUCCCUUCAUAACUAAUCCCAAUUAUUAUUAUUAUUAUUAUUAUUAAUUUUUGAGUUUGGGUAUUGUAGUUGGAAAAAUAUGUAUGGUUAAUCAAUUGAAUUAAAUUUGUGUUGAAUUAACUAAAUUUCAAUUAAAUAACAAUACUAAAAUCAGUAGAAUUUACCUGAGUAUAUCUCAACUUAUAUUCUUUAAAAACUUGUUUAUAAAACCAUGUUGUGAUAUUAAAUACGUAUAUUGAUUAUGGAAUAUCAAUAAAAUCACAUAUGAAAUAUUUUUAAGAACAGAUCGAAAAUCGAGACAAUCAAUUAAAGUCAAAUGUGAUCGAUUGAAGAUAAGGAAGAACUUAAUGGGUGUAGAUUUGGAAAAAAUUAUAAUUUAAACCAAUCCGGAGUGAACUAUUCGAUAAUAUUUUAGUGGAAACGAAGUUAAGAGACUGUGAAUGCUGAUUUAAAAUAUUUUAAAAUGGAAGUAAAAAAUAAAUACCAAAACAAAAUCUUGGAUCCAACAAUAUAUAUAUUUAUUGAUUAGUAGAAAAUAAAAGAGAAAAUAGUAUUAUUGGGGAUUGGGAAAUAAACAAAGGGUAGGGCAUUGCAUCGGAAUGAGGGAAGCAAUGAAGGGAGGGGGAAGAGAUAUGUGCUGCAACGUGGCGAAAUGGAGGUGAUAGUGGAAUGGUGUUCUAGGAUCUUCUACAUAUCCCGCGUGGAAAAGCGAGAGGUCUCUCUAUGCUUUGCCCGCCACCUGCCGUCCAAUAACGAAGCAGCCUGUGUGCAUCCCUUCUUCAACUUUGACCACUCUACUUUACUAUCCAUAUUCUAAAUCUCAAGAGCACCCAUAAACCUUUACCCUUUGACCCCACCUCGAUUAUUCUUAAUCAUACCUUUAUUUACUUACUUUACUAAAUUAUUUUAAAUCAUACCAGUUUUUAAUUAAGAAAAAAAUACUAUGGUGUUUGAGAAUAAUUGUGGAUUUUAAUUUGAUUAAUUAUUGGUAAUUACAGUUGUUUUUGUUUUGUCACAUAGAAUUGUUUAUAAUAAUUAAUAAAAAGCAUAUGAAAACAUUACAUCCACUCUCAUAGCGCACAACUGCCGAAUCAGCAUUGGCUAGCUCGUUUAGACCCAUUCUUCUUCUUCUUCUUCUUCAAUUCGUCAACUACUCAAGCUUUUACUUCGUUAUUCUUCUUCCCUCUAUUUCUCUCUUCUUAGUUUUAUAGCUACCUUAUCAGAUGAGGCACAAUUCCAAGAAUCAACCUCAGAGAACAUGGGCUGAAAUAUGUUGUUUCGGUUGCUCCUGCCUACAGCUUUUCUGGCCCAGAGUGGUCUUGCGUAAAUGGCUUAAUAUCAGCGCUAAGGAGUCGGAUUACAGUGCCGAUACCGAAGAUGAUGAAGAUUUGAAUUCUUCCGAUUCUGAUACUGAAGAUGUGCUGCCGAGGUUGAGAAGAAGAAAUUCAGAAACGUUUAGGACGCAAUAUAUCAACACAAAAGAAAUCAGGAUAUGUGUUGGGACUUGGAAUGCAGGAGGAAAACUACCUCCUGAAGAUCUAGAUAUUGAUGGCUGGAUAGAUACCAACGAGCCAGCUGAUAUCUAUGUCCUUGGUCUCCAGGAGAUUGUCCCAUUGAAUGCUGGAAAUAUAUUUGGUGCUGAAGACAGUCGCCCAGUUGCAAGGUGGGAAGAUAUUAUCCGCGAAACAUUGAAUAGGGUUAGACCUGCUACAACCAAGAUUAAGUGCUUUAGCGAUCCACCAUCCCCAUCAAAGUUUAAACCAUCUGACGACAUCCCAGAUUUAGAGGAGGAGAUUCUGCAGGAAAGUGAUAGUGACAUUGGUGAGGAAGUGCAUCCAUAUGAUGAAGAAUUCUUUGGCAAGGAAAAUGUCAAUGGACUAGUAGGUGAUACAAAUCUAAGCGUGAAGUUCCCCAUUUCAGAACUUUCCGCAAAUACCAAAUCAGGGAUACCUGUGGAACAGAAUUUAAUUAGGCAAUAUUCUUCUCCAAAGAGAUUGGAUCGGUUAAAUUGCUUACGGACUGAAGACAGCACAGAGAAUGAUGAGGCUGUCUUGCUACAGAAUAAAAGAUUAACUAAAAUGCUUAGUGGGUCAGAAAGGAUUGGUCUGUGUUGGCCCGAGCCUCCACUACACUUACUAUCCCACAAUGUUUUAGAGAGACCUAACUCAUUUAAAUCAAUAAGAUCGUUUAAAACAUCCAAGUCCUUCGUGGCAUUUAAUUCUUUCAAGUCAACCAUGAAUGACAUGCCAUCAGGGGUUGCUUUACUUGGAGAAAUUGAUCUUGAAUCUCUGCUAAAACGAAAGAGAAGAUCCUCCUAUGUUAGAAUAGUAAGUAAACAAAUGGUUGGUAUUUUCCUCACAAUAUGGGUUCGUAGGAGUUUGCGAAGGCACAUUCAGAAUGUAAAUGUAUCUACUGUUGGUGUUGGUGUAAUGGGCUACAUUGGCAACAAGGGAUCCAUAUCUGUCAGCAUGUCCAUAUAUCAGACCCUCUUUUGCUUUAUAUGCACUCACCUGACUUCAGGUGAAAAGGAGGGAGAUGAAAUUAAAAGAAAUGCUGACGUGAAUGAGAUACAUCGAAGAACUCAAUUCCAUCCAAUUAAUGGUGUUGGGUUUCCUAAAAUAAUCCACGACCACGAGCGGAUAAUCUGGUUGGGUGAUUUAAAUUACAGGAUCAACUUGUCUUAUGAGAAGACGAGAGAGCUUAUCUCGAGAAAAGAGUGGUCCAAAUUGGCCGAGAGUGAUCAGUUAUUACGAGAGCUUAGGAAGGGUCGUGCAUUUGAUGGAUGGACUGAGGGAAACCUAAGUUUUGCUCCGACCUACAAAUACGAGAACAAUUCAGAUAAGUAUUACGGCGAAGAUCCAAAAGUUGGAAGGCGAACUCCAGCAUGGUGUGACCGUAUACUCUCAUACGGCAAAGGAUUGAAAUUGUGCAGUUAUAGGAGGACUGAAAUUAAAUUUUCUGAUCAUAGACCAGUGACAGCCACCUAUGUGGCCGAGGUCGAGGUUUUCUGUCCUCGUAAGCUACAACGUGCUCUAACAUUUACAGACGCAGAGAUUGAAAAUGAGGAAAUAGCAUUGGAUGUAUACUGAAUUUUUAUCAGUUGCUUAAAUACAGCUUUGGUUAGAAUUUAUCUAAUCUUUCAUAUGCCUCGAAUCGAUGCUUGAUGUUGCGUAUGGAGGAUUCUUUCAAUCAACAAAGAUGAUUUGGAGUAGCUUUCUCGUGCAACAAGCAUUUCAAGGUAAACCCAAAGAGCUCAAUCUUUUAUAUGAAACCAAAAUUUGGGCGAUUUGGCUAACAAGUUUGUGUUUGGAGAUCAUGUAGCUCAUAAACUUUGUUGAUAACUUGUAUUUUACUCCAUUCUUUGGGUCACAUUCUUUCUGUAGUUGAUGUGGUUGUGUACAUGAGUUAUCUCUGUAGGGUUUCAUUUACAAAAGAUAUAGGAAUUUACUUCUCUUAGUUUGUUUCUACAUGCACAGGUUUUUCCAAGUACAUGAGAGCUUAGCAUUGUAUAGCAAUAAAGUUAAUUUGAUUGAUGUAAUUUGGAGAUUUAAAUUUGUGUCAUCUAUUUAUUUAUUUUCUUUUUGCUCUUUUA